CGUGGCUUCCCCACCCCCACCCAAUCUCGGAAGGGAAAGUGUAGAUUUCCACGAACACAGGGCGUUCUGUCUUCUCGGUCGGCCACGGCUCGCCCUUCCUGGAGCUGCCUUUGUGCUUGGAGGUAGCUCGCCCUGCGAGCCAGUCACCUGACCCGUCCCGGGAGCAGCCGGUGGCUUCCGCCACAUUCCGAGAAUUCCUCCUCGCCGCUCCGGAGGGUGGACAGCUGCGGGUUCUCUGAGCUGCGCUGACGCUGACCGUCCGCCUCCCGCUAGAAGCUUUCGGCCAGUGACAGCAAGUGAGCCUUGGAGGAGUAGCACGCAGAGACUGCCAAGGGAGACCCCAAAGUCUGAAGAACAAAGGCCCUUCCUGGGAUAUGAAGUGUACCUACUGCAACAUGGUUGUCUCUCUCUAGCCCUGAGCUGAACAUGGCCCUGGGUCCACAGAAAGCCAAAUGAUCCAACCCACAAUGCAUCAGCUUUUCAGACUGGUUUUGGGACAAAAGGAUCUCUCCAGAGCUGGGGACCUCUUCUCUUUAGAUGAUGCUGAGAUUGAAGACAGCCUGACGGAAGCUUUGGAGCAGAUUAAAGUCAUUAGCUCAUCUUUGGAUUACCAAACUAACAAUAAUGACCAGGCAGUGGUUGAAAUCUGUAUCACAAGGAUCACGACGGCCAUCAGAGAGACGGAAUCCAUUGAAAAGCAUGCCAGGGCCCUGGUGGGGCUGUGGGAUUCCUGCUUGGAGCACAACCUGAGACCUGCAGGGAAAGACGAAGAUACGCCACAUGCAAAAAUCGCAUCUGAUAUCAUGAGCUGCAUCUUGCAGAAUUACAACCGGACCCCUGUGAUGGUCUUAGCUGUCCCCAUUGCAGUGAAAUUCCUCCACAGAGGCAGCAAGGAGCUGUGUAGGAACAUGUCCAACUACCUGUCCCUGGCUGCCAUCACCAAGGCAGAUCUCCUGGCUGAUCACACCGAGGGGAUAAUAAAAAGCAUUCUCCAAGGAAAUGUCAUGCUGUUGAGGGUGUUACCUGCUGUGUAUGAAAAGCAGCCUCAACCGAUCAACAGACACCUGGCAGAACUCCUGGCCUUGAUGUCUCAAUUGGAGCAGACAGAACAGUAUCAUCUACUCCGGCUUUUGCACGCAGCAGCAAAGAAGAGAGAUGUGGAGACGGUGUCCCGGGGCCAUGAUCCUGGAGAGAGGGUUUUCAGAGAUGCCUGGAAAGAACAGCAACCAGAAAUGCAAACUGCAUUUCAACUCAGUUCUGAUCCAUUUCCUUCCGGACAAAAUGAGCAGGUGGUUCAGAAAUGUGUUCCUUUCCUCGUCAGGCAUUUGAAGGAUUCAACCCACAAUGACUUCAUCCUAAACAUCCUCAUAGAGAUAGCAGGCUAUGAACCACUGGCUUUGAGCAAUUUUCUACCAAUGCUGAAAGAGAUUGGGGAGAGAUUUCCCUACCUCGCUGGACAAAUAGCAAGGAUCUUUGGUGCUGUUGGACAUGUGGAUGAAGAAAGAGCCAGGAGCUGCCUCAGCUACCUGGUGAGCCAGCUGGCUAACAUGGAGCACUCCUUUCACCAUAUUCUCCUGAUGGAAAUUAAGAGCAUCACGGAUGCCUUCUCCUCCAUCCUGGGCCCUCACAGCCGGGACAUCUUCCGGAUGAGCAACAGCUUCACCAACAUCGCCAAGCUGCUCUCCCGACAACUGGAAAACAGCAAGGCUGGGAAUGGCAGCAGAAAAACCGACGCUGAAGUUGGCUUUCCUGAGAAAGUGGGAGAAGCCAAGACCAUGGAGCCUGCAAGGGGAAACCAUGAAAAACUCCAAGUUAAAAUCCAAGCUUUUGAAGACAAAAUAAAUGCCGAGGGCAAUACUCCUGGUUCUGUCCGGAGAUACAGUUUAGGCCACGUCUCUAAGGAAGAACAAAGGAACAUUAGAUUUGGCAGGUCCAGAAGUUUGGCUUUGAAUACCAUCCUCACACACAGCGUGAGAGCCGAAGAUGGGGAAGCUGGAGGAAGGGCAGGAAUACAAGCCAGCAUCUCUCUUUCAGAGAUAGACCCACUUAGCAUCGGUAUGGGCAAGUUGCCCCUUAAGAAAGAUACCCACGGAUCACAGCUGAGAAAUUCCUCAGCUUCACGCCCAAGUAUUGUGCAUAUAGAACCAGAGAAUAUGCCUGAAACCGUUAGAGAAAACAUCCAGGAAGACAUUCCGGAGACCGCCUUAAGUCCUGUGGAAUACCAAGAUAAGCUCUACUUGCAUUUAAAGGCAAACCUCAGGAAAGUGAAGGCUUAUGCCGUGGAAAUCGCAAGAAAGGUGCCAGUCCCAGACCAGUGUGACAUUGAAGAUACCAUGAAAAGUUGUGUGGCAAAGCUGUUCUUUACCUGUUCCUUAAAGGGUCAGUACUGCCUGUACAGCAAGUCCAGCUUCACCCUCGUCAGCCAACUCCCCCAGCCAUGGAUCCAGAUCAUGUUUCUCUUCCAACAGAGCCUGUUUCCUGAGCCCCUGUCCAUUCAGAGUGGGUCUGUGCAGUUCCUCAAAGCCCUAUGGGAGAAGACACAGGCCAGGGGAACCCACAGCUUUGAAGACGCCAUGACAGAGUCCACAUUUCUGCAGCAGAAGGAUCUGGACCAGGUUCAGCUCCAUCUGGAAGAAGUGAGGUUCUUUGACGUGUUCGGCUUCAGUGAAACAGCAGGGGCGUGGCAAUGCUUCAUGUGCAACAACCCCGAAAAAGCAACCGUUGUAAACCAGGAUGGCCAACCCCUCAUUGAAGGGAAACUCAAAGAGAAACAAGUGAGAUGGAAGCUCAUCAAGAGGUGGAAAACUCGCUAUUUCACACUGGCCGGAAACCAACUUCUGUUCCAGAAAGGGAAAUCUAAAGAUGAUCCUGAUGAUUCCCCAAUAGAACUCAGCAAAGUACAGAGUGUGAAGGCUGUGGCUAAGAAACGCCGGGACCGCUCUCUCCCCCGGGCUUUUGAAAUCUUCACAGAUAAUAAGACCUAUGUUUUCAAAGCCAAGGACGAGAAGAAUGCAGAAGCGUGGCUGCAGUGCAUCAACGUGGCGCUUGCCCAGGCAAAAGAGAGGGAAAGUAGAGAAGUGACCACGUAUCUGUAGAGACAUGAACACCACCUCCUAUGACCACGCAUGAUAGGCAUUGGCAAUGCCAACAAAAAGAGAAAUCCACCAUGGCAUAUUGGGUUUCACUGAAAAACCAAUGAAACCAUUAUCUGGAAGAAGGGCCUAUGAGCUGGAGUGAUGGCUCAGUGGUUAAGAGCAUGCUGCUCUUCCAGAGGCCCCGGGUUCAAUUCCCAGCACCACGUGUUCCCCCAAAGCUGUCUGAAACUCCAGUUCCAGGGCAUCUGACAUCUUCACACCAAUGCAUACAAAAUAAAGUCUAAUGAGUUAUUUCUUUUUAAAGCAGGACCUCAAAUGACAGGGCUCUCAGUAAACCCCAUGCCCUCACAGCUCUUAUAUUAGCUACAAGAUAUCUUCCUGAAGCACAUGAGAAAAAGAAGCCAUAGAGUUCAUACUGGAACGUGUAGAGGGCUAGGAAGGGAAAGUUAUGAAUGAAGGAGCGUCUGUAACUGUGUUAUUUAAGACUGUAAAAAAACAUUAAAUGGGACCAGUGAGAGAGAAGGCUCAGCAGGUGGAAGGCAUUUGCUGCCAAGCCUCAUGGCCUGAGUUCUAGCACCAUAACUGACCUAGUAGAAAGAAAGAACUCCCAACUUCUGGGAGUUAUCCUCUGCUCUCCACAUAGCAUGGCACAUAUGUACCCCAGAUAGAUAGAUAGAUAGAUAGAUAGAUAGAUAGAUAGAUAGAUAGAUAGAUAGAUAGAUAGAUAGGCUCUAACCAGUUCCUUUAUUAACUAAUGAUAUUCACAGCAUACAGAGGGGAAUUCCACAUCACAUAAUACAAUGAUUGUUAAUCCAACUGCAUAAUUAAAUUUAGGCUCUAAUUAGAGCAUAAGUGAAUUUUCAUGUUUAAACACACAGUUAUAUCUACUGUCCAGGCAGUAGGUAUAGACAGAAUAGGCAUGGAAAAAUACCUUUCUAAUGUGCAUCACCUCCCUUAAACUUGAAGGUUUUUAAUUGAAAUUCUAAGUGUUUCUUCUCUGUAGUGUGCCUUGUAUUGUCCAAACUGUAAGCACGUAUAGGUUUUUUGCCAUUAUCCAGAUAUAAUUUUGAAUUAAGCCAUCAUAGGCAGCUUAGAUGACUUCCAGUGAUUCAGGCCUCAGGGAAAUGUCCUACCCCUUGAGUGGUAGAAUGUGGGACCUGAAGCUUGCUUCUCACUUACAUAAUUGAACAAAGGUGGUAAUAUAGUCUCUCCCAUAAUUGUGUUACAUUACAACAGACCUCUGACCCUGAGAUAAUACAGAGCCUCUCAGGAUGUAGCCCACCACCACUGUAAUGGCAGCCAUAACAUAUGUUCUCUCUAGCCCAACCACCACCUGAUGGCAGCCGUGACAUACCCUGAUCAGAGGUACCAAGAUGGGCACGUGCCCCAACAGAGACUGUGCCAUAAUAACUCUAUUCUUCUUUAAAUGCAAACCAUGUGGUGAUUUGUUAGGCACUGAUUAAUUCAUAUAAAAGCCUCCUGGUCAUAUAUCAAAGAUAACUUUUUUCUGUAAAGAUGAUUUAUUAUGUAUUUUAGUAUAGUGCCUGGAAAAAGCCUUAAGUUGUCACCACACUGACACUACUGUUAACUCACAGGCAUAAGAAAUAUUAAAGGGGUCAUACUUGAGCAAAGAAACUCAAUUCGAUUUUACCAUGUAAAGUUUGAGGAGAUUAUGAGCCACAGAGUUAUUACACAUUGGAAAUAGAGUUCAAGAGGUUAAAAUUUGGGUCCACUGUAUAUGUAGGUAAUUGUGAAAGAUGUGGAACUGGCUGAAAUUACUGAAUGAAAAUAAGAAAUGGAAGAAUUGAUGGGGGCCUCUUGGGGUACCAAUAUCUAAAAUUGGUGAGGACCUCUUGGGGUACCAAUAUCAAGAAUUGAUGAGAGCCUCUUGAAGUACCAAUAUCUAGAAUUAAUUAGGGCCUCUUGGGGCACCAUUAUCUAGAACUAAUGAGGACCUCUUGGGGUACCAAUCUAGAAUUGAUGAGGACCUCUUGGGGUACCAGUAUCUAAAAUUGAUGAGGACCUCUUGGGAUACCAAUAUCUAGAUUGAUAAGGACCUCUUGAGGUACCAAUAUCUAGGCAAAAACAGGUUGUAGCUGAUCAGUAUUCAAAGAUGAUGUUGCCCAGGAGACAUGCUAUUACAAAAGCUAAAUUAAGGACUUUCAGGAUGUCAACAAUUUGAAGACCUGAAGAUAAAGCUUGACUUUUGUAAUCAGGAAGGAAUUAAUGUCACUGGGAAGAACAAUUUCAUUUGAAUGAUGGAGUAAAAGUUAACUUUCAAUGUGUUAUAGUAAUUGACUGUCAUAUUUCAAAUUUUUUAAAGCGUGAAGUUAAGGUGAAAGAGCACAGAUUGAUAAAUGAUUUCUUACUUUGUUUGUAGGUAAAGUCAUCUUAAGAGGGAAAACAGUUUAAUAAAUAUAGACAAGAGUAAAGUUACUAGAUGUAAUAGAAAGCAAUUUUUCAAGUUCUGCAUCAAGGAGCCAGGGAAAUGUCUUAGCCAUAAGCUACAAUCGUAAGCUGCUGAAGUCAAAUCCCCAGCACAUAAAUAAAAAGCCCAGCAUGGCUUUGUGGGCCUGUAACCCUGUCCUGGGAGUUGGAGACAAGUGAGUCCUAAGGGCUCCUUGGCCUGCCAGUCCAGCUGAAAUGGUGAGUGUCUGGCUCAGUGAGCAACCCUGUAUGGUGGUUUGAAUGAGAAUGGCCCACACAGGUUAUAUAUAUUUGACUACAUGCCCCCCACCAGUUGGUGGAACUAUUCAGGAAGGAUUAGGAGGUGUAGCCUUGUUGGAGGAGGUGUGUAACUAGACCUGGGCUUUGAGGUUUCAAAAGCCAAUGCCAUUCCACGUUGACCCCCUCAUACUCUGCUACAUGGUUGUUGUCACAAGACAUGAGCUCUCGACUACUGCUUCAGCACCAUGCCUGACUGCUGCCAUGCUUCCUGCCAUGAUGGAAGCAUAUUCACCCUCUGAAACUGUGAGUCCCUGAUAAACUCGCCUAUAGCUGCCUUGGUCUUGGGUGUUCGGUCAUAGCAAUAGAGAAGUGACUAAGACCCUGUCUCAAGGCAAAAAGACAGAGAGCUGUGGAAAAAGAUAGCUGACAUCCUGCUCUAACCCCACACUCAUGAGCCCUCAGAAACUCACAUGCAUAUGCCAUACACAUGAAACACACAGACACAAGCAUGCAUGCACAAUCUGUAUUAAGCAGCAGUUUUAUGAGUACCUGCUAAGUAACAGGGAUCAAACCUGGCCUGAAGAUUCCAAGAUAACAAGACAACCACUCUUGUCCCCUCCAGCCCUCAGCUAGAAUUUUAUUGACAACAGAAGCAUACACACAGAGUAAAGCACAUGAAGAGAUUGACUGCCCCAUUGGAGGAAUUCAGGGUUGUGUUUUCUGGUGUGUUUAAAAUCAAUUACAGAGGGGUGGGGGCUAUUUCUUUCUCCAAGAAGUUUAAUGUAUAGUGAAGGAGACAGACACGUACAACAGAAGUUCACAUGCUUUAUGUCUAGUGCCUUGAUGAAGCUGUGCACACAGUCCUACGGCAACAGAAGAGAUGACGCCAUAAUAAUACACUCCCUCGCUGCUUCCCUGAGAGCAAAAUAACAGGAGAGGGAACAGCCCUGCAGAUGUAAAGGGGCUCACAGUCUCUUCCAGAGAUGGAGAUUCUUAAGACGGUGUAGCACCAUGACAAGGUGUUAAGCAGAUCCACAUUUAGAAAGAUAGCCUUUAUAGUACUGCAGUUCAUGGAAUACAGAUCAGAAAUUGGAGGGAAGUCUGUAGGACAUGCUAGCCUAGGGGCAGAGUGCAUUCCUAGUAUGCAUGAAGAACUAGGUUCAAUUCCCCCAAACUGCAUAGGAGAAAAAAAAAAAACCUACCAAAACAGUUGGAAGGCACUUCUAAGGAGAUGCCAGCCUGGACUGAUGAAGUAGCCAACACAACAGAGAAAAAUGAUGCAAUCGUUUGGAUAUGGUUUCUGAGUUUCCCCCAAGGGUUCACAUAGGAAUGUUGUUCUCAGAUGGAGACACUGAGAGUUGGUGAGGCCUAAUAAGGAGAAAUCAGAUCAUGUUCUUAAGAGAUGACUGUUUAAAAAAAGAAAAAAGAAAAGCACACCUGACCCCCCCACCCUGGCUUCCUGUUUUGCCAGAUGUUCUCUUCUCCUUACACAUGCUGCCAUCAUUCCGAUUUCAU